AUGGCUGAUGAAAUUGCAUCAGCAAUGGAGCAGGAAAUGGUGGAAGAACAGGCUAUAAAGUGCCCAAGGCCUUCAGCAAAGAGGCAAAGGAAAGGAUCUCCUGACGCCCGAGAAGAAACAGAUAAAGAACGUGUAGACGAUAGUCUUCUGCAAGAUGCACGUAGAAUCAAAGAAAACAUCAGGGUCUACAUGAACGCAACAGACAGGAACGUGAGUGCGAAGGUACAAAAGCACGUUAAUGGGAAAAUUCAGCAGUUAAUAGAUAUAAUGGAGACAAUAUAUGAUAAGAACUAUGAAAAAACGUUUUUAGUACAACGUGUGGUAAAGGACACAUUAGCUUCCUCUGAAAUGUAUGAUAUCAUAGUAAAUGCAUUAGUGGAAAAAGCAGUACCUAUGGUUAUCGAGGGACUCAAGUCGGAAAGUAAAACCAUACAAAGACCACUGUCAGAACCUCAGACAUCUCGGGAGUUUCCAUGCGUUAAAGAACAACCGCUAUUAGCCGAUGCCCACGCUAUUAUUGAGACCACGGAGAAUGAAAGUUUCCAGGAAGAAGUUUACAUUGACAGAACUUAUGAUUCAGAGAUAAAUAAUGAAAAACGAUUUCUUUUAACACAAAACGACAAAUGCGGUUUCGAAAAGAGUGCGGUGUCCGCAGAAUGCCGUCAACCCCGAAACAAAGACAACUCUUUUGAUUUGGAGUAA